AUGUCCCGCCUGCUGCACGCACAAGAGUGGGCUGAAGUGAAGGAGCUGGGGGACCACCACCGCCAUCCCCAGCCGCACCACCUCCCGCAGCCGCCGCCAUCACAGCCACCUGCGACCCUGCAGACGAGAGAGCAUCCUGUCUAUCCGGCCGAGCUGUCCCUCCUGGACAGCACCGACCCACGCGCCUGGCUGGCUCCCACUUUGCAGGGCAUCUGCACGGCACGCGCCGCCCAGUACCUGCUCCAUUCCCCAGAGCUGGGUGCCUCCGAGGCCGCGGCGCCCCGGGACGAGGCGGACGGCCGGGGAGAGCUGGUGAGAAGGAGCGGCGGCAGUGGCAGCAGCAAGAGCCCGGGGCCGGUGAAAGUGCGGGAACAGCUGUGCAAGCUGAAAGGCGGGGUGGUGGCAGACGAGCUGGGCUGCAGCCGCCAGCGCGCCCCUUCCAGCAAACAGGUGAACGGGGUGCAGAAGCAAAGGAGGCUGGCGGCCAACGCCCGGGAGCGACGCAGGAUGCACGGGUUGAACCACGCCUUCGACCAGCUUCGCAACGUUAUCCCGUCCUUCAACAACGACAAGAAGCUGUCCAAGUACGAGACCCUGCAGAUGGCCCAGAUCUACAUUAACGCCUUGUCCGAGCUGCUUCAAACGCCCAGCGGCGGGGACCAGCCGCCGCCGCCGCCAGCAUCAUGCAAGAGCGGACACCACCAACUUCGCGCCGCCGUCCCCUACGAAGCAGGCGCGGGCACCGCGACCGCGGCGGGGACGCCGCCAGCCUCGGGAGGGGGGCAGCGGCCGACCCCGCCCGGAAGCUGCCGGACUCGCUUUUCGGCCCCGGCCUCCGCCGGAGGAUACUCGAUGCAGCUGGAAGCUCUGCACUUCUCGACUUUCGAGGACAGCGCCCUGACGGCGAUGAUGGCGCAAAAGAACUUGUCGCCUUCGCUGCCUGGGGGCAUCCUGCAGCCAGUGCAGGAAGAAAGUAGCAAAACUUCGCCGCGGUCCCACAGAAGCGACGGAGAGUUUUCCCCCCAUUCCCAUUACAGUGACUCGGAUGAGGCGAGUUAG